GGUACCCAUUACCCAAAAACAAAAACAGGUCCGGGUGGAGGGGGUGCGUGCAAUGACAUUUUGUCCCGAAUCAUCCAAAGACAAAGCGAGCAUUGUUUGAAAGAAUAAAAGAAUUUUCUUCAACAAAAACUCUCAGUUCCCAAAAUCAGAGAAAUGUUAAUGGGCUAUUUCAAAAAGUAGUUUUCGUUAUUUUAUUAGUAAUUUUUUUUUCUUCUUCUAGUACAAUCCCCUUUUGCCAAAUUAUCUUCAGCGCCACCGCGAGUCACUCAGGGCUUUUCUCAAAAGUGAUGUCAAGCCGAGUAACUCGCUCAAGAAGAGAACCACCUCAGCAGGAUGACCAAGCAAGAGCUAGAUGGACAACAUCUCUCACUAAGAUACUUGCAGACUUGAUGAUUAACCAAGUUCAAAAAGGGAACAGACAAAAAAAUUCUUUUAGCAAGAAAGCAUGGAGGUAUAUCUCUGCUGAAUUUUAUAAGAAAACAGGGCUGAAAUGGGACAAGGAGCAAUUGAAGAACCGAUAUGCAGUCUUGAGGAGGCAGUAUAUUACUGUGAAGUCACUUCUUGAUCAAAGUGAUUUCAGUUGGGAUGAAUUCACGGGGACUAUUAUAGCCAAGGAUGAAGCAUGGACUGAAUACAUCAGGGGACAUCCUGAUGCCGAGACUUUGAAACACUCUGGCUGCCCAAUCUACAAGGAGCUAUGCUUGAUAUUCUCAGAAUCAGCUGCCAAUGGGAAACACGAUUCGUUUGCUGAAGAUGAGGGAGGGAGUCCUUCCAUUCAAUGUGCAGAUCCCUUGAGCAUGCACCCUGAGUCCAUGUCAGAUUCUGAUGAAGUGGAUGACAUUAUAGAUGACCACAAAACUACUCAACCGACCACUCCUUGUUCAACAGCAAAUCGUAAGAGAGGUCGUAAAGGAAUGGAUGACGUUAUUGCAGGAGCUAUAAUGGAGAUGGCCGCUGCUUCAAAGCUAAGGACAGCCGCCAUGCUGCAAUGUAAUGCCCGACAUACCAUAGCCGAUUGUAUAAGAGAACUGGAUGAGAUGCAAGGUGUUGAUGAAAAGGUCUAUUUGGCUGCUCUAGAUCUAUUCAACAAGCCUAAUGCAAGGGAGAUUUUCUUGUCUCUCAAAGGUGACAAGCGCUUGAUUUGGUUGCAUAGCAAGUGUGCUGCUUAAUCCAGCACCUUUAGGCUGACAGAGGAAACAGCUUGUAUUUGGUCGGGUCAUCUGCUAUAUAUCUAGUAAAUAAUAGUAGCAUUUUUCUCCUUGUGUACAGCGACCAAGUACCAGUUGGCUUGUAUAUGUUUAGUUCAGGUUUCAGUGUUAGGCAUUCUAAACCAAAAUUUAAGAAUAAUGCUAUAUUAAUUUUAGUGCAAAAUACGCACAUGGUCUUUAUUAUAUUUAUAUGGCUUUGUUUGAUUGGAAAAAUGGAAAACGGAGAAUAGAAAAUGUGUUUUUCAUCG